GUCAUUUUUUCCAAAAAAUGUACUGUGUAGAAACGGAAGCCCCCAAAAUUACAAAAUGGCGUUUUUUCUUCCAUUUCGUCGCACAAUGAUUUUUUUCCCCGUUUUGCCGUAGAUUUUUGGGUAAAAAAUGGAUGUCAUUAAAGUAGAAUUGGUGGCGCAAAAAAUAAGCCAUCAUAUGGAUUUUUAGGCGCAAAAUUGUAAGGGUUAUGAUUUUUAAAAGGUGAGGAGGAAAAAAAAACUGUGCAAAAACUGAAAAACGCUUGGUCCUGAAGGGGUUAGUAACUAAGUUUCUUCCAUUGUGCAGCUGAUUUAUACGUUUGGGGAGGGGCAUCCAGUGAAGUGGCAGGGGCUCCUGACCAAUCAGAUGUGUCACAGGACACAUGGAGUGACAGUUCGCAGACUUGGAGAGUUCUGCAGUGGAUUAUGUCCCGUUAUAGAACUGUCCAUAGGUCGGUAGUGUCCCGUCCGGUUACUGUACGUUCUAUACACGCUCAUCCUCUCUCUCAGUCUCCCCCAGCCUGUGGGCUCUCCCUUCAUGAUGGGAGUCGUAGUUUAGCAGCAGCCGUCGCCGUACACCCACAGGCUGGACACACUGGAUAGCACUCAGUAUCCAUCAAACUAACUUUGUCCGGGCGGCACCACACCCUGUGAGCGGCCCCAGCACACCCGUCCGCCCUCCGCCUUGGUAGUGAGUAAUUAGCGCGGCCUGCAGUCUUCUGCUCUGCCAUAGGCUCCCCAGCUCCAGGCCGGGCUCCCGCCCCCAUGUGUCCCUCCUCUCCGUACACACAAGGCAUUUCCCACUAACUUCUCGGCGCUGGGAGGUGAGUGGACCGGGAGCGUUCUCUAACUUGCUCCAACUACAAUUCCCAGCACUGUUUGGCCGCUGGGGGAUGCUGGGAAUUGUAGUCCUGGAGCGUCUCUUCGCGGGGGGGGGGGGGGGGUAUGUUUACUUAUCUGAGACCCUGAGGAGUCCGGGUCUGUGACGUCACCGUGUUAUUAGCGGCCGCUCACUCCGGACGGUGAGAAGACAGUGCGAGGACACGUUGACCAGAGGUUCAUUCAUCCUCAUAUGACUCCACACAUGGGUAGUCAUGUAAUGGGCUCUCAUUUCUAUACAGGAUCCUCCAUUCUAUAGAGCUCCAUCGUAGACAGGAUGAGAAAGCUACGAAAAGGACUUUUGCUGGUUUUCUACAAUUAUAACUGGAUUGUGUAAAAUACACAAAAACACAGCUGUCAUUGGAAAAUGAAGGAAGUAAUCUACUGGUCGCCCAAGGAGGUUUCUGACUGGUUAACUAAGAGAGGUCUACAAGAAUACUCUGAGACUUUCCAAACCCUUAAUGGCCGAGGAUUGCUCAAGUUAAAAGAAGAUGAUUUUAAAAAGCCGCCCUUGUCCCGUGUAACAUCUGAUAAUGGACGCCAACUGCUGCAGAUGAUAGAGACACUGAAAAUUGAGAACCACAUAGAGGAACAUAAGAACGGACAUGCCAAUGGACAUAUUUGCAUCAAAGAUGAUAUCAAUUCCAAUGAUCAUAGUUUCACCAGUAAAGCCAAGAAGAAUGGGAUGCCAAAUGGAGUCAGAAAAGAGAUGAUAAAGAUCCCCAUGCCGGAGGUGGACCGUAGCCAGGCUUUUCCGAAUGAAUGGAAUAAAACCUUAAUAGCCUUCCUCUAUGCACUUUGCUGUUUUAUCCUUACCACAGUGAUGAUCUCUGUUGUCCAUGAACGUGUGCCUCCUAAAACAGAGGUAGGGCCUCUCCCGGAUGUAUUUUUUGAUCAUUUUGACCGGGUUGCGUGGGCCUUCUCCAUAUGUGAAAUUAAUGGAAUGAUCCUUGUGGCACUAUGGAUUCUUCAGUGGUUAUUUUUAAAGUACAAAUCCAUCAUUAGCCGUCGAUUUUUUUGUAUAGUUGGAACGCUGUACUUAUACCGAUGUAUAACUAUGUAUAUUACUACACUGCCAGUUCCUGGAAUGCAUUUUAAUUGUUCUCCAAAGCUUUUUGGCGACUGGGAGGCCCAGUUCAGGAGGAUCUUAAAGAUGAUUGCAGGAGGUGGACUAUCUAUCACAGGAGCUCACACCAUGUGUGGGGACUAUCUGUACAGUGGCCACACAGUCAUGUUAACACUGACAUAUAUGUUCAUAAAAGAGUAUUCUUCUCGGCGUCUCUGGUGGUAUCACUGGAUUUGCUGGUUCCUCAGCGUUGUUGGGGUCUUUUGCAUUCUUUUAGCACAUGACCACUACACUGUAGAUGUUGUCGUCGCUUACUACAUUACAUCCAGGUGUUUCUGGUGGUAUCAUACUAUGGCUAACCAGCAAGUGCUGAAAGAAGAUUCCCCAUCAAACCUCCUCUCACGGGUCUGGUGGUACAGGCCUUUUCAGUACUUUGAAAGGAAUGUGAAUGGUGUUGUACCUCGGUCCUACCAAUGGCCUAUCCCUUGGUCAGUUUGGUCAUUGCUGCCUACUAGGCAGGUGGCAUACAGCAGACUGAUAAAUGAAGCCUAACAACUGCAAAAGGCAGUCUGUGUUCCAGAUGCCUUCAGAAGUGCUAAGUACUCUUGGACAAUGCCAUAAACGCAAACACCUUCCAUCCCUCUUUAUGUUAACCUACCUUGACCUGUUCAUUUACUUGGUCAGCACUGUGAUAUUUUACUCUCCAAAGGACCCAUGUUGGAAAGAAAUAAACAAGAAUUAAAUUUAUCAUGGACUGUACGCAAUCUUUUGCCCAUGUGGGAGCGUCAUUACCCAUAGCCAUGCUUGUUUGUAUAAGAAGAAACCACAUGAACCAUAAGAUUUUAUACCCUGCGUGUGUCUUUUUCCAGUCAUGUCUGGGAAUAAAGCAUUAUUUUCUUGGGAAAACAUAAUUUCAUACCACUUACCCUAAAUACUGGGCUCUAAGCCAUUUUCUAACCAGUGUCUCUAUGAAGGCUUUGAAGUAUCUGAGCAACCUAAUGCUGCAGUCCUGCAGGUUAUUGUUGUUGGGUUUUUCCUUUUUAUUAUUAUUAUUGUAUUUUUUAUUUUAUUUUUAACAUUUUAGUUACGAUAACAACAUGAAUCCGUUUAUAAUUUUGAAUCUUACAUUAUUCAAUGCAUUCAUCACUUUACCAUUCUUAAUUGUUUAUAGGGACAGCCUCAUAUAUUUAGUUCUUUUUUACUUUUUGACAUAUUUAUUACAUUUUUGUGGGACUGCAGGUUUGCGUUCUCCAGUCUUUCUACCUGCGGCAGCACUGCUCUAUGUUUAAAAUAAAAAUUAAAAAAAAUAAAAAAAAAAUGACAAUGAAUGGUUUAGUAAAUAUGGUUUUUGUAAAAAUCUUUAGUGACGAUGGCAGAAAGUACAAAAAAAUACUUAGUUGUAAAGUGAAUUUUCUAAGUAUUUCCUACCUUUAUUUUUCAAGAUGAUGUUGAUAAAGAUAACAUUUAAAGAUUUUUACAUAUCAGAGAAGAUGUACCUGGAAGAAAGAUUUGUAAAUGUUUCUAGUGCCUUCCUUGUCUUGAUUGUAUGGUCAGAAGGCAGUCUUAAAGAAUUUUAAUUUUAAAUGAAAGUAUUCCAUAUCACGUUUGAAAGAAAUUCUAUUGAUAGAUAUAUAUAUAUAUGAAGAUGUUAUGACAUAUUUUUGCAUUCACACAUAUAGAACACACUUUAUUGCAUAUUUUAUUGUUUAAUUUGAACUGAGCGAAAAAUUGGACAUUUCAAAUUCUAAAUAGUAAACUACAAUUUCUAUUCACAGUUAAAAAAAAAUUGUUUUGUAUUGUUUUUUUCUUUUCUUUUUUAGUCAAAAGCUGCUUUUUUUAACCAAAAAAUGUAUGUGAAAAGCAGCACCUAGUAAGAGUCCUCAAGUUUUUUGUGCAAAAUGUUUUGGUCUAUUACAAGCGGACCAAAAACUGAAUUUGGAUUUGGGUGGAGUUCAUUAAAGAGAACCUUUUGGUCAGUCCAUAAAAAUGUUGUUGUAUUGGCGUCCGAUGCUGUUUUUACUUUCUUGCUAUGUCUCCUGGCCCCCCAGAUAUAAAUGUGUUAAUAAUUGGCUGACUACUUUUUUCUGACUGGCAGAAACUUUAUUGCAAAAUGGGAUGUAAAUAAUCCACUAAGGGGGCGUAAUUAUGAGGCUAAGAUGGUAUUGCAGUUCAGCAACCCACCCAACACACACCCACCCCAAGCCUGCCAAUAAACUUUUUUAUUUUUUUUAUUUUUUAUGUAGUAACUAUCCUGCCCAUCUAUUAUGUGAAGAAGACAGUAAGCCACAUAGUGAAACACCUACAUCCCGGGAACCAGAAGGCAUAGCAAGAAAACAUAAUUGGAAUUAGAGUGCCCAAGGCUACAAAUGUUUUGUUUGUUUUUUUAGGGUUUUUUUUCUGCUUUUUUCCCCUUUUUUCACUACAGGUUCUCUUUUAAGUUUCAAAUAUAGUUCCCAGGAAAUCUAAGUAAAAACUUGCAUGCAUGUUUCUUAAAAACAAAUACUCCUUUAUUCCUGGUGAAAGUUAAUAGUGGCAGCCUUUGCAUCCCCAUGGAAAUGCUUUCUCUCCUUGUGCUUUGCCAACUCACUCUGUCUUUAAUCCUCAUCUUCCUAGCAAAAAAGACCAGAUGUGAUUGGAUUCAAUGAGGCCUACAAUAAUGCCAAGUGCUAUCAUGUGGAUACAGGGAGAGAAGCUGUCCUCAGCUGAUAAAUUCAGCCACUAAUAACUUUCCCCCACAUUUUAGAUAUGAAAACAUGUUGUCCAGGAUUAGAAGAGGUUACUUUCAGUCCACAAUCAGAAACGGCAUCGCUCUUUUCCAAUGGGCUGUAUUUGAUAUUGCACUUCAGCCCUGUUGACGGGUCAUGGCGCUGGUUUAAAAUAAAUAAAUAAAUGAAUAAACCUUUUCUAAUGUUUGACCAUCCCAUUAAAGAGAACCAGUAAAUUCUCCCUCACUAUAGUGUACUAUGAUAUACUCACUGUAGCAUUUCUGAGAAAUCAUAGUUUUAUAGAUAAGGCGGGAACCAAGUAUACAGUCCAGUGGGUGGCUCUCUGCUACCUCCACUUCCUAGCUUAUCUGUAAUACUGUUUCCUUUAAAGGAAAUCUGUCUGCAGUUUCACCCGCACUAAAGCUGUCACAUAGGCUUGUAGUGCGGGUGAUGCUGAUCAAAACAAUACUUUUGGCGUCCAGAUUCGCCCCGACCGUUCCGCCGGAAUUUUUUCUUUUUAUGCAAAUGAGUGCCUUGGGUCAUGGGCAGAGCUCCGAACCGAGCU